AUGGGCGAAAAGGGAGCAACAAAACAAGCGGAACGGCGCGAGAAUGCCGAUAGGGGCGAGUACGCCGAAAAUUGUACAAUCGUCACUUGUGCGAACGCUCUAGGGAAUGCCAUUCCGCCGAUGAUUUUAUUUAAAGGGCAAUGGAUCAAACCGACGUUUAGUGAUGGGUUACCACCGGGAUCUCAAGUGAGGAUGGCUCCAAAAGGUAGCAUGACCACCAGCUUGUUUAUUGAAUGGCUCCAUCAUUUUUCCAACUUUAUUCAGCCGCCAGUUCUACUGAUAUUUGACGGUGCCGCGUCACAUCUCGACAUUUCCAUUGUCGAUGCUGCCGAGCCAUUGGGAAUCCAUUUAUUGUGUCUUCCGUCAAAUACCACCCACGAACUACAACCCCUCGACAAAAGUGUGUUUCGCUUUUUCGAACAUUAUUGGGAUGAGGAGUUGUUACGGUAUUGGGAUAAAUAUCCGGAUAGGAAGAUGAAUAAAGAAAGGUUUUCCGAAGUUUUCACGCCAGUUUGGAGUAGAUGCAUGACCAUGGCUAAUAUAACGCAUGGAUUCAGAGCCACAGGGAUUUACCCAUUUGAUAAAAAUGUCAUUCCUGAACACGCUUAUGGACCAAGCGUUCCGAUGCAGCAGAAUCAUACUCAAAACGGACCCGAAGGCAACGAUGAAAACUCUUCUGAUUCAGAUGAUGACGUGCCUCUUGCAGUUUUACAACGUCAGUUAACUAAGCACGUUACACCCUUGAAGAAAAACACUUUUCGGAGAUUCUUGUAA